UGUUGGCGCGCGCUACUGUGAACGUAGUCUGUGUUGUGCUCGGUCGGUUGCUUAUUAUAUUGUGCACAUUUUCUGGAUAAAUACUCGUUGCUAAAGGAUAUAGGAAACAAAGAAGUAUGACCGUGACAUCUUAAUUACAAACCUGGUGUGAUGGAGGUUCGCUGGAGACUGCUGUUGGUGGCAACACUGAUCAUUUUCAAUCUACUACAAUUUGCUCAUUCAAAAUGCCUGCUAAAUAUACCAGAGGUGAACCCCAAGAGAUAUCUGAAGCUGGAGGAGUACAACUGGGAAAGACUUCCGAUCACUUUAGAUGUCUCCCGCAGAAUAACCCAUCAGAUAACGUCCCAUGUGCUCAAGAUAUUCCUGGAGGAACGGCUGGGAUAUCCGGAUAUUGUCCUGCGGGAACGAAAUGACCCUUGGGACCAACCUUAUGCGGCUCGAGUUAGGUUGACUCCGGUGUUUGAUGAACAUGAUCGGCUGAAGAAUAGUCCACCAGAGACGACUCUCAACACAGAAGUAUGGAUAUCUCCUGAGGAUGACUUGUUAUUGUGGCCGGAUCACAAUAACGCGUAUGUCAAGACAGCCGGACCCAUCGGCCCUCCUGCUAGAUAUGGAUGGUUCAUUCCACACAUUCUGCUGCUGAACAACAGAAAUGUCCCAACGUAUUGGAGAACCUUUACUGUGCCAGAUCUUGUUCGGCAGUUUACAUUCUCUGAUGCCGAGAUGGAGUUCCUCAAAAACUACAUGAAAGAUAAUGAUUCUGGCUACUAUUGUGAAGAAGAAUUCUGCAGUAAUGGAGUGCACACACCUCCUCAAUGUGAAAAUCAGACGUGUGCCAUGUUGAUCGCAAGCUACGCAGAAUCUGAAGAGUUUGUGGUGAAGCACAUAGAGAAAAUGCAGUUACUAGUGCAGGUGGUAUGGGUGGGACCUCAUUUGGCACAAGUUGUACAGACAUUGACUGAAAGGCUUGCAUCAACUACAAGAUCCUUGGUGUUCCUAAGCCUGAAGCCUAGUGAGGUGGUAUUACCAGACGACAAAACGUUUGCCUCUGUCGUUUUUCCUCCCUGUGGAGAUAACGAUCUUGAUAAAGACAUUGGAUGUCGCUACGAUCUCCACUCGCUGGUAAAACUUUACACGUCCAUAUUUGAGAAAGCCGCCAGACCAGCCUAUGAGGCAUACAUGAAGAUUCAGUUUGACUCGUCCCACUAUCGAGACCUGCUGCUGAGGUAUCGUGCCGCGUUGGCGACGUCACGUAACACUACCGAUGCUGUGGCGACAGCAGCGUGUGGUUGGCUGAAUGCUAACCACGAGGAGCAGUACGUCUGGUUGGGCAACGACGACGAGUACAGCACUCUCUAUAUUGGGGGAAUCUUCCCCAUGAAUCCCAUACGUGGUGUGGGAGCUUACUAUGAUGUAGAGAGCAUUGUUUUAGCUGCACAGUUAGCGCAAAUAGCCGUCAACCAGAACAACUCUAUUUUACGAGAUUAUCGACUGCAGCUGUGGGUGGAUGACGGGCGAUGUGAAGCGGACUAUGUACUGCGGUCAUUCAUCGACCACAUCAAACGCAACCAUUACUCCAAAAUGGUCGGCAUUCUUGGUCCGGCUUGUUCCAAUACUCUGGAAUCUCUCGCAGGGGUCUCCCACUUUUAUCGUACCAUCGUAAUCAGUUACAGUGCCGAGGGCUCCAGUUUCUCCGAUCGCAAGAAGUAUCCUUAUUUCUUCCGAACUAUCGGAGAGAACACGCAAUAUCAACAAGUUUAUCUCCAACUGUUGGCUAAACUGGACUGGAGAAGGUUGGCAGCCCUGACUGAGGACGGUCAGAAGUACACUGAGUAUCUAUCUCUACUUCAGGAUCUACUGACGUCCAAGAACUACACGUUCGUCAUGAACAGAAAGUUUCCUACUAACAGGGACCAAUAUGCUAUGAAAAGUUACCUAGAAGAGAUGAAGAGCAAGUCAGUACGCAUAAUUAUCGGAGACGUUUACGACGACGCAGCGAGAGAGAUGAUGUGUCAGGCCUACCAACUGCAGAUGACUGCGUACCAUUCCUAUGUCUGGUUUCUUCCAUCGUGGCUGGCUCCCGACUGGUACGACACUGACCGCUACAAUCAACGGUUGGAUAGCGACCACAGAGUGCCUUGUACUACAAGACAGAUGAUUGAGGCAAUCAAUGGUCAUCUGUCUCUCGCUCACUCCUCAUGGGCACCAGACACUGCCGUCAUGCAAACCAAUGAGACAGUCGGCGAGUGGCGAACCAACAUCAACUCACUCAUCAAGAAACGCACCAAUCGCACGUCAAUCUCCGGGUACGCAGGCUACGCUUACGAUGCAGUGUGGAUGUAUGCAUUAGCAUUGGACCAAUUGAAUAAGGAAGACCCGUCCGCUUUGUCUGCUAUUCACGCUCCCAAUACCACAAAGCGUUACGUGGAGAUUUUAGGAAAGACAGACUUCAACGGUGUAUCCGGCCGUAUCCAGUUCCGUGGGAAUCCUUCUCGGAUAUCAGUCAUACAAGUGAUCCAAUGGAUCAACAAUGUUUCACAGAUCGUGGGGAUAUUUGAGCCAAACAUCUCCAUUUCAAAUAAGGACCCUAUGGCUGGAACACUGAACCUAAACGAAUCGAUGAUUGUGUGGCUGAACCCAGACAGGACAAAACCCAAAGAUGGUACAGUUCGUUGCUUCCUGGGGCUUGCUGAAUAUUUUGGCAUUGAAGACUGCACUUUGUUCCUGGCCAUUGUAAACAUCUUUGGAUUUUGCAUUCUUGGUGGUUCCCUCAUCAUUGGCUUCCUAGUAGUGAAAAACAGGUACGACAAGAAGUUCAAGCUUACCCAGGAGAUUAUGCAGUCUAUAGGUCUGGAUAUGAUGAAUGUCGGGGCUCUUGAGAAAUGGGAGAUCCCAAGAGAUAGAGUUGUCAUCAACCGAAAACUGGGAGAGGGAGCUUUUGGAUUCGUCUAUGGAGGAGAAGCUUACUUUGACGCCAAAGGAUGGGUAGCUGUUGCUGUGAAGACGCUCAAGGUUGGAUCCACACCAGAGGAAAAGUUAGAGUUUCUUUGUGAAGCUGAAGUCAUGAAGAGAUUUGAACACGCAAACAUUGUUAAGUUACUUGGAGUUUGUACGAAAAAUGAACCGACUUAUACUGUGAUGGAGUUUAUGCUUUAUGGUGACCUCAAAACCUUCCUUCUUGCAAGAAGACAUUUGGUGAAUGAAAAGCUGGGAGAGGAAUCAGACGAGAUUUCCAGCAAGAAAUUGACAACAAUGGCUCUAGAUGUGGCAAGAGCCCUGGGAUACUUGGCGGAGUUGAAAUUCGUCCACAGAGACGUCGCUUCACGUAAUUGUCUCGUCAACGCAGCGAGAGUCGUCAAACUAGGAGACUUUGGCAUGACUCGACCAAUGUUUGACAAAGACUACUACAAGUUUAGUAGAAGAGGAAUGUUGCCUGUGAGAUGGAUGUCCCCGGAGAGUUUAGAGCAAGGAUUAUUCACGCCUGCCUCAGACGUCUGGUCCUACGGAGUAUUGCUCUAUGAGAUCAUCACCUUCGGCAGUUUCCCGUUCCAAGGCAUGAACAACAACCAAGUACUGGAACAUGUCAAGGCAGGCAACACUCUGCCAAUACCUACAGGAGUCAAGCCUCAGGCUGAGGCGUUGAUUCGUUCGUGCUGGAACCUAGACUACAAGAAGAGACCAAAGGCGUCUGAGAUUGUGGAGUUCAUUGCUAACAAUCCUCGUCUUCUAUAUCCCUGUCUUGAUGUUCCCCUCGCUUCCGUCCAGAUUGAACACUCGGGCUCUCUUGAUCUGCUCAAUCCGGACACGACUAGAAAGUUCUCGUUUUCACUCCGCACACGGAAGAGCAGUUCAGGCAUUUUCAACACACCCCCGCCCUGGAGCAAUACACCGAAUGGAUCCUUCAAUUCUCCCCCCAAUGGAUUUACCCCCUCACUAUGGGCUCAGGAGGAUACUGAGACGGAGGUUCCCAAUUCCGGACUAUUCCCGCUGGGAGAGGAAGAUCUUCCAGAAUGGGACAGUCCCCUUCUGGACUCUCCGGACAAGUACGUGUUGGUUCAGGCAGCUCCGAACAAGUACCCGAACUUUGACACCCAAGAGGACUCAUUAUUGUGUUCUUAGCAUUAAUCAUGUUCCGACAUCAUCAGAAGGCUGUGAAAAGUUAAUUUUACAAAAUUAGCUUUAGAUUUAAAUACCUCCAUGCAUUUUACGUGUGGUUUUAUGUACAGGUUUCGACUAACUGUGAAGAAUUUUAUACAACUUCCAAAAAUUGAGAGGUACAUUAGCAGGGAACAAGAAUUUCGCCGUUAAGUAUAUUAAUGCUAACCCCGAGAUUGUUCAAUUUGGAGUUUUACGUGCCAUUUUUAUUACAUGAAUCAAUCUUAUUUCCACAUGUGGAAUAAGCAUUUUAGGGUAAAAUAUUUCUCAGUGGAAAUAAUCCAUCAUGAAGGCAUGAUUUGGAACUUCUUUUAUAAAGAGGGCCAAGUUCUGGCCCUCAAGUACCUGAAAUUGUUAAAGAAUCCAGGAAAACAUUGUGCGCAUUCUAUCAUGAAGUCUCAAAUUAGUCAAAUACAAGUUAGUACAAGUAGUUAGAUUGGUCUCAAGUUAGUGUCAAAUUCCAGACGUGCAUUGAACCAUUAGACGUUUCUGAGAAUGUAAUCCCAAUCCCAUUUAUAUUCCUGAUCUUUCUAUUUGCCACCAAAGCAUCCACUGCGCUGAGAAUUCAGCACUGGAUUUUAGUCAUGGAGGAAAAGUAGUUUUUAUGAUAAAAAAUGUACAUUUAAGGAAUGAAAUUUGUGUAGCGUAGGUUUUUAAUUUUUAUAUUGUGUGUGUCUUUCAUAAUAGUUGUUUCUACUUACCUGAAAUACCUCUAUUUUGUUAGAUUUCUCUACAUGUAAAAAUGUUGUACAUUAACAAUCACCGAUGUUUGUAUGCCAAUUAUUCUGUCAAUAUUUUGUAAAUAAAAAUAGUGAAUUAUUUUGUUGCUGUUAAGAACAGAAUAUCUAGCAUUAACAAAUCUAUGAAUAAAUAGGCUUAUAUUUAUGUACAAAUUAUGAUGUGAAUGUAAAGAAAUAUAGAUUUAUGAGGUUAUUUUAUUAUAAGCUUUCAAUUUCUAGUCAUCUUAGGUUACUGAUGUCACUAAAUUCUUCUCAGGUACUCUGCUGCACCUCAAUUGUCCUUUUAUUUGUAAGUACAAUGUACUCUGGACAAUUAAUUACUUUCUAUUAUUAUCAUUCUUUUAUUUUGAGCAUGUUCUGCUGUAACCAACAGCAGCAAAGAUAGAAGUAAUCAAUUUAUAUCUAGUGGUAAUAUAUUUCGGAUUGAAUAAGUUAGUUAUGAAACUAGUCUGAACAACACAAAUAUAACAGUUUGUUAUUCAAUUAUCUGAGAGAGAAUGUGAGCAAAGUCGAAAAGACACUUGUGCCUUGUCUAAUGAACUACUGUUACAUAUUGGUUGUAUUGCAGCAUUCUUUAAGCUUACUAAGUAACAAAACAUAUUUUUACUUUCUCCCCCUAUACCACGGUAUAUGGAGAAAGUAUUGUUUUCGUCAACAUUUUUGAGUUUGAGUAGAUAUACCCGUUUUGGGUCCCGCUGGACACAAAAAAGUGGUUUUCGAAGUGAUGUCUAUUUGUGUGUGUGUGUGUGGAUGUGAACAGAGCUACAGACCACACCUGUGGUGCGAUUGUGAUGAAAUUUGGUAUGUAGGUUAUAAUCCAUGGUAUAUCCAGGCUUUUUUUUAACUUUUUUGAAAUUUUGAUUUUCAAUGGUGAUUUUCCUGUAAAAACCCAUAAGAUAACAGAAAAAUCAGAUUUACUCAAAAACGGCCUUAACGAUUUUGAUUUAACUUUAGUAUGUCAUAGCCCUUUAGAUUCUAAACAAAAUUGUAUAACUCCCAUUGUUGUCAAAACUAUGGUUUAAAAGUUAUCGUAACUUAUGUUAUUUUCCAAUUAAAACCCCAUAAAAUAACCCAAUUUUUUAAAAAGUCCCGGUUUUGAUUAUAAUUAGUAUGUUAUGGCGGUUAUGGUAGUGCAACCCACCAUUGCUGUAAAAUUUACGGUUUAAAAGUUAUUGUAACUUUUGUGAUUGUUCCUAUAAAAUAUUAUAGGUAACGCCUAUCCAUGAUAAUGGUUGUUGACAAGCUAAUGGGAGAAAGUAUGUGUCAGAUUGCUGAUACCGUUUGUUUAUAUCUUUACAAGGCUCAGAUUUUUCAGCCAUUAUAAACAAACAUAUGAGAUCAAAAUGGUUCUGCCAAUGCAAUUAGAAAUUUAAAUUACUACUGAAAUGUGUUUUAUUUUCAAUUGGUCUACUUAUCAAUAUUAUCAAUGAAGAGUUACCGGUAAUUGAAAACAAGUUGGAAGUUGUUUAGAGAAGUUAUCUUUACAUGUAAAGUAUGUUUGCUUGCAAUAUUUUGUUAAAUAAUGUUGCAAUACGAUGAAAAAUAUUGUUCCAUCACAUGGGCAAAAAGUGCCUUUUCAACCCUCACUCAUUUUCCGACCUUGACUUUAAAACUUGAGCUUGGGUCGAAAAGAGUCACUUUUCGGUAUGAACGGCUGAAUCUGUGUUCUGGCUUCUCGACUUCUCCACAGGCAACCAGCCUAAAGAGACUUAUGAUGGUCUUCUGUAAAAAAUCUUUUCAAGACUGUUUUAACUGUUGCUCAACAAUUACAUUUUACGAAUUUAUAAAAUUACUCACUUAAAUGUUUGUUGUGUAAUUUGAAUGCAUUCCCAUGUCACCUGUAGGAUAAUUUUGUACAUUGGUUUAAGUUUAACUAGUCACAUGACGAUGAUUAUUCCAAGGCGAUAAGUUUAUUCUGUUAUGUAUCCGUAGUUUAAUAAAGAAUAUUUUUACU